AUGUCCAAACUGUCAUUCACUGUCCACAAACCCCUAGCAGCCGACGAGGACAGGGCCAGCGACAAACUCAAACUCGGCGCUCCCUCGUCACCUCUUCAGUGCCUUCUCGGGGGGAUUCCGACGACGAGCAGAAAAGCGGGAUCGUGUUUUCUAAUGCGUGGGCGUAAAUAUGAGCCAGACCCUAGCGGUGAUGAAGACGGUCGUCUAGAGAACGAGUUUAUCACUUCUUUCAAAAAGUUCAGUGCACAACGGUGGAAAAAGCCCAAGACCAAAGCUCCUACAUGCCCUCUUGUUAUUCUUUCGAAGCCAAAUCCUGACUGGCGGGAGGCGGCAUUGAAACGUCGUGCAGGUGCUGCACGAUUCAUUCCUGACUCCGCGAAAGCGAGUACAGGUGCAGACGGCAGCGUCGGAGGGCUUGGAACGCGCGAUACCAUCAACUCCGGCCCCCAACUCUCAGGUAUCCAGUUCGGCGACAAGAAAGUCAAAAUCGACACAAGCACGACGUCGAUUGACGAAGAGACAAGUAUGACAGUAGAAGAAUAUGCGAAAGAGCGUGUGCCCAUCACUGCGUUCGGAGCCGCUAUGCUCCGCGGCAUGGGUUGGGUGGACGGUGGGGCUGUUACAAGCUCAGAAAGAGCGAAAAAGAAUGCGCUGGUGGAGCCUUACCUACCUAAAUCACGCCCUGCACUCUUGGGUAUUGGAGCAAAGGAGCAGGAGGUGCUGGAUGACGGCAGUAAGAAGAAGAAACGGCGAGGGGACGAGAAGCGUUAUAUCCCGCUUGUGAGACAGGUGAGCAGUAGGGAGGAAAGCAGGAAUUGGAGUUUAACUGUUUCGAGGAGGGCCUCGUGGUCACCUGAGAGAAGGAGCGAAGGGGAGAGCAGUAGGAAUGAUGGUGAUCGUGAGAGGAGGAGGGAUAGAAGGAGGGAUGAUGUCCAUGACCCUAGGAGAGAAAGAGAUCGUGAUAGGCGCGACGAGAACACGACCGUAAAGAUCGAAGAGACAGAAACCGGCGAGAUGACAGGAGGAGAAGAGACGGCAGUAGAAAGGACAGUGACAGGGACUUGGACCGAAGGGACCGAGAACGCUAUAUUGAUAAACGCCGUGACAACGUCUGGGACUGUGACGAUCGCGAUCGACACAGAGAUGGUGAGAGCAAACAGGGAGGACGGGACAGACCAGAUUAAUUAG